CGCAAACCGGCUGUCAUUGUUGUCUUUGCUCCUUUUUCUGUACACUUUGAGUUGGAAUGCGUGAAACCCCCUUCUAGGUAUCGUAGAAAAAACCUAUCAAUGGGCAAAAAGGGCACGAGACUCUCCGACAAGGCUGCUCUACCUUUCAAAACCGCCAACAAGCAGCGGCGGCAAGACCUGCACGUAAAGCAGAAACGAGCACGGGAUGCCUUGAAACGAUCAGAGAGAUUUGGGCGGAAGAAGGAAGAGGCCAAGAACCCACAACUGAGAGAAGAGCGUCUGCGACGCAAUGUGCCCGCCACAAUCGACAAGAAGCGGGUGUACGACGAGGUUCAAGAGGAGCCGGAGAACGGCGGUCUUGGACUGGCCUACGACGUGGAACGUUUGAAACGAAGAAAACUUGCCGAAGAGCAAGAGCUCCCUGUUGAUCAAGACCACCACCAGUCUGGAUCCGGACCGGAUGGAGAUGAAGAUGAUGACGAGGACGAUGCGGAUUCCAUGCUCGAAGACAGCGAUGACGACGACGACGACGACGCCGAGGAAGAAGACCUCGAACCUUCCGAGAUAGACGACACCUCCCACGACCCUCUCCCCUCCAAGUCUCAACUUAUGAAUACUGCAUCUUCUUCGAGAGCCCCCCGCGCCCUCUCGCCGACGCGAAGCACCACGUCCACGAACCUCUCCCUCGCCCCGGCCGCCCUGGCGGCCAAAUUUCCCUCCCUCUUCCCUUCGCCAGACGCAACAGGCCCUCCACCCACCCCGAAGAUCCUGAUCACGACGUCGAUCAACUCGACGCUGCACAAAGAAGCCGCCAUCCUGACGGCCUUGUUCCCCAACUCCAAGUACAUCCGGCGCUCCUCCCACCGCUACGGGUACAAAUUCUCCGUGCGCGAGAUCGCCUCGUUCGCCCACAACGAAUCCUACACGGCCGUCAUGGUGCUCGAGGAGGACCAGAAGAGGCCCUCUGGGUUGACGGUCGUCCACCUCCCCGAGGGGCCCACCUUCCACUUUUCGAUAUCCAAUUGGUACACCUCCAAGAGCAUCCCGGGCCACGGCCGCGCGACCGACCACAUCCCCGAACUGAUCCUGAACAACUUCACCACCCCUCUGGGUUUGCUGACGGCACACCUGUUUCGGUCCCUCUUCCCGGCGACGCCCGAUCUGAAGGGCCGUCAAGUCUUGACCCUGCACAACCAGCGUGAUUACAUUUUCCUCCGGCGGCAUCGCUACAUCUUCCGCGACAAGCGGGAGUCCGAAAAGUCUGUGGUCGGACCCGACGGUCGAGAGGUCAAGGGCGUCGAGGGCAUCCGCGCCGGCCUCCAGGAGCUCGGCCCCAGGAUGACGCUGAAGCUCAGGCGCGUGGACAAGGGCAUCCAGAGGCGGAGCGGGCAGGAUUGGGAGUGGAAGGCACGGAUGGAGAAGAGCAGGACCAAGUUCCAGCUUUGAGAGAGAUGGGUUGACCCUACUACAGUCAGAAAGGCUCUGGUCAAUAUGAUUAUGAGAUUUAUCAAAGCGGACAGGGUUAAGGAGACUUGAGAAGUAUUUAUCCUUUCAACGAACAAUUAAUUGAACAACC